GGGCCGCUCCGCCCCGCUCCGUGCCCGCUUCCUGCAGCGCGGCGCAGCCGCCGCUUCCUGCUCCUCCCCGUGGCGGGGCGGCUCGGCUCGGCACGGCUGGGGUUGACCUGGCGGCUCGUUCAAACUCGGCGGCAGGGGGGCGAAGCCUGGGGGCGUCUCCCGGCCCUCGCCGUGCGCGGAGUGAAGUACAAUAUAAAAUGGAAACAUUGUUUUCAUGCCUCUGAGGCAACAAGAAUAAAUCUAUAACUAACUCAGGACUAUGAUGAUGACCAUUCAGCUGUAAAGAGCAAACGACAACUGAGAAACAAAGUGUCUGGGUGAAGUUGCAGGUGUCUCAAAACCAAGUGAAGAAUAGUCACCCAAGAAGCUAAUAAGAUGACAUCUCUACCAAGGAGGGUAAAAUCUCAGUCCAAAGCCCUUAUAUCAGAAGAUGGUGAACUAUCUCCAUUUCUUAAUUCGAGCUCUGAAUCAGAAGAGGAAGAAGAGGAGUGGGAGCCAAAAAGCAAAGUUGCCAAGAGACCUCGGUUGACAAAGAAAAAUGAGGCAAAACCUAAAAAACUUGCUGCUCCACGAUCAGCUGUGGCCAGGAAAAAGGUCAAAAAGAUAGCAAUAAAAGAAGAAUUGGAUCUAUCCUUGCCUAUUGCUCCUGCAGAAGAUAAUAGGGUGCAACUUCUAAAACCUAAGGAAGAAGAUGUAGGCACUAAAUUGAAAACUUUAGAUCAAAUGCCAGUAGUGCCUAAAAAAAUGGAAGCAAAUUCAUUCCAAGGGAUGAAUGUAAGGAGUUCAGAGAGUGAUGAAAAACCUUCAACAAGUGCUCCUAUAGUGGGAAAUGAAGCGAAACAUGAGAAAUCUGAGGAGGAUUUUGCAUUUGAUGAACCACCUUUUAAAAAGAUUAAAUCGACUACAUCUCCUGAAGGAAAGCCAGUAAAAAAUCUAGGAGGCAACAAAGUAAAAGAAGAAUGUGAAAUGAACUGGGAUAUUGUACAGGUUUUGUCAGAAAGAACAAACGUUGAGCCAUGGGUAUGUGCAAACUUAAUUCGCCUCUUUCAAGAAGAAAACACAAUUCCUUUUAUUGCUCGAUAUCGAAAAGAGCUCAUCAAUAAUCUGGAGGCUGAUGCCUUGCGAGAAGUGCAGCAAACAUUGGAAGAGCUACGUUCUGUUGCAAAGAAGACACAUACAAUAAUACAGAAGUUGAAGAAAGAGGGGAAACUAUCAGGUUGUCUAUUCACAGCAUUAUUAAACUGCAGAACUUUCGAAGAAUUGGACCAUGUGUCUGCACCUUAUAAAACUGGGAGUAAAGGUACCAAAGCCCAGAGAGCCAAGCAGCUGGGAUUAGAACCUGCAGCUCUUUCUCUCCUGCAGAAUCCUAUGGAACUCAAUCUCUUUUCUUACAUUAGACCCAAUGUCAAAGGACUUGCAAAUAUCCAGGAAGUAGAGGCUGGAGUACAGCAUAUUCUAGCUGAUAUCUUUGCUAAGGAUAAAGAUACCCUGGACUUCAUCAGGAAAUUAUGUCAGCAAAGGUACAUUUGUAUCCAGUCAGCCUUGGCAAAAGUGUCAUCCAAAAAUGGAAAUGAAAAAGAUAUUGAUAAAUUCCAGCUAUACCAUGAGUUUUCUUGUAAUAUAAAAAAUAUUCAGCAUCAUCAGAUUCUGGCCAUUAACCGAGGGGAAAAUCUGAAGAUCCUGACAGUGAAGGUCAACAUUCCUGACGGGGUGAAGAACGAAUUCUGUUGGUGGUGUGUCAAUGAAAGAUGGAAACCAAAACAAUUUUUAAAACCAGAAUUUAUGAGGAUACUACGAAACUCAGUAGAGGAUGCAUAUAAACGCCUUAUAUAUCCUCUCCUCUGUAGAGAAUUCAGAUCGAAGUUGACAUCUGAUGCAGAGAAAGAGUCUGUGAUGAUGUUUGGGAGAAAUCUUCGGCAGUUGCUUCUGACCAGCCCUGUGAGGGGUCGUACUAUGAUGGGAGUAGAUCCUGGCUACAAGCAUGGCUGCAAGUUGGCUAUUAUUUCACCAACCAGUCAGAUACUCCAUACUGAUAUUGUCUACUUGCAUUCUGGUCAAGGAUUUCGGGAAGCUGAGAAGAUAAAGAGACUUUUACAACAGUUCAACUGUAGCACUGUUGUGAUUGGCAAUGGCACAGCCUGCAGAGAAACAGAAGCUUACUUUGCUGAUUUAAUUAUGAAGAAAUACUUUGCACCACUGGAUGUUGUUUACUGCAUUGUCAGUGAAGCAGGAGCAUCUAUCUACAGUGUGAGUCCAGAAGCAUCAAAGGAAAUGCCAGACCUAGACCCUAACCUUAGAAGUGCAGUUUCCAUAGCUAGACGUGUACAAGACCCAUUAGCUGAGCUAGUGAAAAUUGAGCCCAAACACAUAGGAGUUGGAAUGUAUCAGCAUGAUGUAUCGCAGACUUUGCUCAAAGCAACGCUGGACAGUGUGGUUGAAGAGUGUGUCAGCUUUGUAGGAGUUGAUAUUAACAUCUGCUCAGAAAUACUAUUAAGACAUAUUGCAGGACUGAAUGCUAACAGAGCUAGAAAUAUAAUUGAAUGGCGAGAGAAGAAUGGACCAUUUAUAAAUCGAGAACAGCUCAAGGAAGUUAAGGGUCUGGGCCCUAAAACUUUCCAACAGUGUGCUGGCUUCAUCAGAUUCAAUCAAGAAUAUAUAAAGACUUUCUGCAGUAGUAAGAAAACUCAACUUGGAAGUCAUGCACUUUUGACUAAAGCAGGUGCACAAGCCACCAGUGAAAAACAAGCUAAAAAGAAGAGCAAACCAACACCAAGUUCCUCACAGCAGCCCAAUCCUUUGGACCAAACUUGUAUCCAUCCAGAGUCUUACAACAUUGCAAUGAGGUUACACUUCAGUUAUGUGAUAUAUUGGUAGUUAUGAAAACACCUAACAACAGCAUGCCUAACAGCAUGGUAGCAAAGUGGCCGUGUUGGAGUGUAAUGGUGUCUGAAUUUCUUCGCAGUUAGAAACUUCAUCAUUUCUUGAUAUAUCCUUUCAAAAUGUUGUAAACUCAGUGCUUUAUAGGUUUCUGAAUGCACUCAGAUAAUCUAUAAUGUUAAUAAAUUACACAUUGGAGGAAAAACAUUGGUUAAAUAUCCUUAUCUGAUUAAACCAUAUAAGUAGUUUUAAAUAGAUUUGAAACUUUAACUUUGUGUCCAGCAGCUAAUCACAGAGAGUAAGAUAUUGUUUGGUUUAUAAUCCAACUCAGUAGUUGAAAUAUUGAAGAUCUGUAUGCCUAGUGAAAACAAGAACGCUCAACAUCUGCAUUAUACAAAUAAUGCUUUUGCACUUCAAAACAUUACUUAAACAUAAAUGCCUGCAUAAUUUAAGUUCACUACUGUCAUGAAUGUACAUUUUACUUAACAAAGCACAUGCUAAUGCAAAGUUGUUUUGUUUUCAGAGUGAUUAUGUUGCAUUACCAUUAAUUCAUGUGUGCACUGUGACAAGAUGUAAUGGCAUAUCAUGUUGCUUUAAUGUAAUGAAUCCAGUACUCCAAGCUCUUAAGUCGUGUUGCUGGAAAUGAUUACAUAAAACAGAACGACUGUGACUAAAACCCUUACAAAGCUUUAGGACUCCUGCAUAUUGUAAGAAGCUUUUUGGGGGGUUUAAAGUAACUUCUUAUAUAAUUUUUCUGAAGGCUUCCCUUGGAAACAUUUUUUUUACUGUUUUCUGACUUUAUUUGCAUUCCACUGAAAUUUGCAUUAUCUUUUAAGCAUUGCAAGGGCUGUGCUAUAAUUUUGUGCAGAUGUGUAUGUUAAGUGAACAUGAUGUGCUUAUUUGUUACAUUUAUGCUACUUUUCUUUCUUUAUCUGGGUAAGAUGGAUGAAAUUAUGUAUUAAAUAAAAAACAUCAGUGAUUUAGCCAUGACCAUUCUCUUCAGGUUGUACAAGACUGCAAAAAAAAUGUGUUUUAAACUAAGGUAGUUGCUUAGGUUUCAGAAUAUCAUCUAAAUCUCAAAACUCAAACUCUAAAUCUCUAAACCAGCUAAAUCUCACUCUGUUCUAAAUAACUUUCCUAAGAGAGUUGCAGCUUUUAUCUGACUUGAUGUUCCUUGAACAGAAAGUUCAACAUUCACUCAGACACUCAACAUUUGAGGGAAUAAGGAUAGUAUAUCUUAUAAGAAUGACCUCACUUCUGAGAAAACAUCUUGUCUUUCACAUUUCAAUUUUUGUUAUCUUUUCGUUAGGUUUUAUCUUUCUGGUAGAUAAACAUAGCACUUGAACUACUGCAGCGUGUUAUUUAGUUCACAUAUGUAGCCAGGAAAAUCCUUGAAGGGCUUACAUUUUUACACAGAUUAUUCAUGUUCCUAUGGUUAUGCAUCUGGAACUGUCAUUUACAAAUGGAGUGAGAUUUUUUUUCAGAGAUUGUAGCAAGAUAGUUUAACGUUACUAAGGUCAAAAUAAGGAAAAUUAAGGAAAGCCUUUAUUUUACCCUGUAACCAUAUCAGUCUUGGUUGUUUCUGGCUAUAUCCUUUUUUUUCUGACCCUAAAUAACUCCUGAAGUUGUUGGGUUGCUUUUUUAUUAAUAAGAAAACAUUUAACUUUGUUCAUAGGAAUGACAUUUAAAGAUAGAAAUGAUCAAUAUAAUGGGCUAGUGUUCAGCCAUAUAUUUGUGCUUUAUAUUGAUUUUUAGUCUGUGCCCUCAAGCUAUGUUUGAGUGAAAAUGUAUACUAAAUAUGUAACUAGAUUGAACGGUAUUUUUAAAAACUACAUCUAUAAUCCAUAAUAAAUUGCUUUUAUUUGGAAAUAUUUUACUAUGUAGCUCUUUUGUACCAGAACUGAAAAACGUGAGAAUUUCCGAAAUAGAAUUAUGUUGCUUGUGUUAGAGGAUUUUUUUUUGUGUGUGUAUGUAUAAGCAUGCACUUUGGGCCUUGUUAUAGUGUUCUGUUCUGCAUACGUAUAGCUCAUGAUCUUGAAAUAUUCUUAAACAAAUGCGUGACUUCUAGAACACGAAUAAUUCAGUUGAGGGCAGUGGGACUUAGGUACUUAAAACUGGGCACACGUUUAAGCAUCUUUUGGCUGAAGCCAAAAUUUUAUUCUGAGCAGUAACCACAUUAGUAAGUUUUUAAAUAAUGAGGAGCCCAAAGCCACUAUCCUUGCCUAAAUGAGAAAUUCUCUUUAAUAUCAGAUAAAUACUUUCUGGGGAAGUGGGGGAAGGAAGAGGUGGUGGUGGCAAGGGGGAGCCAAAAUAACUUUCAUGAAUAGUAAUUGACGGAUCAGACACCUGGGCUGUGUCCCGUUUCAUGCUGGUUUUCUUUCCAGCAACCUGCACGUAAUGCAGUGCAUUCUGAUUGCAUUAUCCACCCGUUUGAAAGUUUUGUACGUAAGGUUUUUUACACAUCACUGACUGUUCCAUGUGGUUGCACUUACCAACAGCGAAACCCACCCUGUUACCGUUUUACAGUGUGAAUAUGCUCCUGUGAAGUUCUAAUGGUGAAAAAAAUGUUACUUAGGGGUGCUCAUGCUGCACGUCCAUUUGAAGUGAAAUAAAGCCAAGUACAUGAAUGUCAGCAAACUUGUUUAUAGGAGCUCUGGGUAAAGCAUACAUUAUUUAGAAGGUUGAGUCAUAAGGCUGGUAGGGUUUGCCAUGCUACAUCUGGCACGUCACUCACAGCUCGGACAGCUGCCGCCUGUCACUAGUGCACUGGGGUGGCAUUGUCCAUCUAUUGAUGUUAGCAGCCAGCAGCUCAGAGGAGCUGAAGAACGCCUCGCCUGGACCUACACACAUUUCCAGCGUUAUCAUUUUCAUGUUCUUUUGCGGUUGAUAGAAGGUGCUUUCAUAAAAGGUCUGAUAUUUUUGUAUAUAGGUUCUUAUUGGAAAAAAAUAUGUGCAUAGUAGUAGUUGUUAGUGUACAGAAAAUAAAAAUUAGUAUUUAGAAUUAAACAAUUUUGCAUCUGUUUUGAUACUUACUUUGUUUCCAGAGCACCUCAAAUUACUUAAUAAUAGUGAUGUCAAAGUAGAAAUCUGGUCAAUUAAAAUUCAGUGAGCCCUGAGAAAAGUCUCAUCCACUGAACCCUUGUUUAUUUUUUUCAUUUUUUCCUUCAUAUACAACCACACAGAAGAUCCAUAUCCAUUGAGAAAAUGAGAAAAUUAAUGUGAAAAUGGUAUCUAUCAGUGUUAAAAGCAAAUGUAUGUGUUGCAGCUACAUGUAAGUUGCCAUGGUUGUGCUUGAAUUCAGUAAGGAGUAGAAAUCCUGACAGUCAGUUUUAGACUGCUGUCCUCCUUUUGGUGAAAUCAGGGGGCAUUUUGGAGUGAAGAUUUGCCCUUGUGCUCAAAGAUAAGGUUUGUGAUUUACACAAAGUCCGAUAUUGCAUUAAUAAUGUUACUUCAGUUUAUGUUCUCUUAAAAAGAAAUUUAACAUACUUAAUUGCAUACAACAUUUUCUGAGUUACCACAUGAAAUGCUGUCAGUUGAGUUUCUCGGUUAAAUAAAUAAAAAUGCAUGGUU